AAGGGCUCAACUCUACCCAACACUAAUUAGCAACCCACCAAUUUUUGAAAAGUGACAUCUUUGUUUUGCAAUCGGUUUUUAAUUUAGCUAAAUGGAUUCUGAUAAAAACUCCGUACUCAUAGCGGUGCGUGAGGCUCCCAUGCGUAAAUCAUUAAUGGAGGGAAACAACCUAAAGGGGAAAAAUAUAAUUAAUUAUUCAGAGGAGUGUUCCAAUACACUGAUUGUCGAUGGGAACGUGUACAGCUUUGAUUAUGCCUUCAACUCUAGCGUAACACAGUCGGAGAUCUACGAUGCUAUUGUUCAUCCGCUGGUGCUUAAGGUAUUGUCUGGUUAUGAUUGCACGGCAUUGGCCUACGGACAAACGGGCACUGGCAAGAGCUACUCAAUGGGCAUGACCGCAGAACCAAUGACAGAGGAUCAUUUGGGUGUAGUUCCACGUUGCCUCAAUGAUAUAUUGAAGCAAUUAUCGGAACUCAAGCAGCAAAAAGAGAACGAUACUCCUCCCACAUUGGUGUCGGCUUCAUUCAUAGAGAUAUACAAUGAAAAGGCUUACGAUCUUCUCGCGCUUAAUGCGGAUCAACCUAUAGCAUCUCGAAGCCAGCGGCGAUUUUCUAGCAGUGUCUAUAUGCCCCUGAGGAACCAAAUGGAUUUGCAACAGAUACUCAAGUUGGGCAUAAAAAAUCGACAUGUACGACCCACCAGCAUGAACGGGAACAGCUCCCGCUCCCAUGCCAUUGUAACCAUACACGUGAUCAAGGGAAAUAGUCAUGCCCGCCUCAACAUUGUCGAUUUGGCUGGCUCAGAAGGUGUUCGUCGUACUGGUAACGAAGGCUUAGCCCGUGCCGAGGGCGUCUGCAUUAAUAAGGGACUGUUGUGCAUAAAUAAGGUGCUGCUGUCAAUGUCCGCUGGCUACUCGAUGAUACCCUAUCGAGACAGUAUCCUUACAACUGUACUUCAAGAAUCUUUGAAUGCAAAUGCUUAUCUAACACUGCUGGCCUGUGUUAGUCCGCAUUCAUCUGAUCUGUCGGAAACCAAUUCCACAUUGCGCUUUGCCACAAGUGCGAAGCGUGUAAAGCUUACCCCACAACUGAGCCAGCAAUUGCAGAAGCUACAGCAUCAAGUGCGUUCAAGUCAUAACGCUACCCAAAAGAAGUCAACAAAUGCCACUCAAGAGAAAAUAAGACGUGUGCUGCCAAGUUCAACUGCCAUAAAACGUCCACUGGUCCUGCGCUCCCAUGGAUCCGUCAGCAAUAGCUUAUGUACACCCGACAAGCAUAGUGUGGGUACUAAUACACUGCAGCGUUAUAACUCUGAUAUUGGUUUGACUCCCAAGGCCAAGGAGUGUGCCCGAAUCUUAUUAAAUCUGCCAGUAGAGCCGAAAGCAAUCCUUAACCCAGAAUAUAAGCAAAAGGUGGCCACAACAUGCUUGUCGCCUGUGCCGGAGCAGGAUAACUGUAGUCUACGUCUUGCAGAAAUGGAGACACAUUUCAAUACACCAACUGUGUACGAUUAUAUGGAACUUAAAAUAAAGUACAAUGCGCUAAAACAGCGAACUCUCGAGCAAGGAAAACAAAAACAGGAAAUUGAAACAGAUGUAGAACACGAGCCUCAGGAGUUACAUCAAUCCCUGCUUAGUUACAGUCAGUUUAAUUCGGAACUAUGCUCCAUAGCCGAAGAGAAUGAUCAAGCAAGCGCUGUGUGCUGCAAGUUAUUUAGCAGUAUUUCGAGCAGCUCUGUCAGAGGCACUACCCCAGUAGAUGUAAGUGGUAUUUGCGCAUUGCCAUCAUUAUCCACGCCGCUAGAUGAAGACAAGCAAAUUUCACCGACAAGUCGACGUAGCUCAAAGCGCUUGACGUGUAGACAGCUUAAUGUUCAGAUGCAGCCGAAACUACGUCGCAGUAUACGUAUUGCCUCUCAAGCGGAGCCGAGUGAAUUACCAUCUGAGCCCUUAGUCAAGAGGAAAAACGGCAGCAAUACUACAAACACUAUCAGCAAACUUAGUCUUAGUGCCUCGCAGCCCGCACGCUUGAGCAAACAUCGUGCCACCUUAUUAGAGUUGCUAAAUAAUGGCGGAGUCAAGGAAUUGCAGGCACUACCAUACAUUGGACCAAAGACCGCUUUAAUGCUCGUCAUGCAACGCUCACUGUUUGGUCAAUUUAAAAACUGGAGGCAGGUGCAAGAAUUACCAAUUUGGAAAGGCAAUUCUUGGUUGCGCUUUGCCAACGCCAAUUGUAUACUUCCCUACGCGAAAUAAUAAUUUAUUGUUCUUAAAUUAAGUAUUUUGAAAAUGCAAUAUGUGAACAAUAUGUGAGCUUAAGCUUAAGCUAAUGUCUGACUAACCAAAAAAAAAAUAUAUAUAGAAAUGAAAUAGCCUAAGGUUAUGCGUUAAGUCUGACUUACCUAGAACUAAGACAAAAAUUAAAUGUAGUAGUAUAACGAG